GUGGCGUAGUGUGCAAUGGAGCAGCCCAGCGAGAAGCCGCAGGAGGAGGAGCAGAUAGAUGGACAGAGUCAGGAACUUAUAGGGCAACUUAAGUUGCAAAACUUAGCAGAAACUAAUCUGGAUGUCGAAAAGAAGUCCUUUAAACAAGCUGAUGAUCAGAAACCACCAGAUACUUGUGCUGAAAGCAGCGAAGCAGUGCAAGAUUUAGACGAUAAUUGUGAGAAAAUUCAGGUCUUCAAAGAUGAGUCGGAGAGACCGGGAAGUGCUGAAGUGGAGCACAUUAAAAAGAACGAGGAAACUGAAAAACAGCUAGCCGAAGCGAUUGACAAGAAAGUUAUCGAAAAACAGGAGCUCAAAGGCAUUGAGGAGCUUGAAGAAAGUAUUGCCCAAUUGAAUACAUCUGGAGAUCAGUUGUUGACAGGAGAAGAUGAGUCAAAGGAUCAGCAACUGCCAAUAAAUCUGGAAGUUCGAUUAAGAACUAAUUCCCUGGGGAGUGAAAAGUCUUCCGAAAAUGAAGAAAAGCCUCCAGAAAUCUCAGUGAGUGCGAUUCAGCACACUGGCAACGUUGAAGCUGCUCCAGCACAGCACAAUGAUCAAAAGGAAGCCGAACCAGAUCCGAAUGAAGACACGCAAGAUGAACUAAACCAGGCGGAGAAUAAAGAGUGCCUAGGCAGCGCUGUGAAGCAACACAAGAUUCCUGUAGAGCAACGCGAAGAUGCAUCCAAGCAUCCAGAAGAAGAUCUGCCCAACGAGCAGGUUACACAGUUUCUACGUCAGCUGGUCAGCCAACUGUGGCCGGAGCUGGGCGCCAAUCCAGAACUGCGUCUUGAAAGAGCGAGUGCCAAGGGUGACAAUUAUUUGGGCGUGGUGUGGCGUCUACAGGCGGCCACCGAUUCGAAACGCAGCCUGGUGGUUAAGCUGCCGCCACAGAAUCGCGUGCGCCGCAAGCAAUUCUUUGCACGACCAUGUUUCCUGCGCGAAACGGCAGCAUACGAGGUCUUUCUGCCGCUAACUGAGAUGAUUCAGGAGAAGUGGAAAAUACCCGGAGAAGAUCGUUUUCGGCAGCACGCCCUCUGCUUCGGAACUCGCCAGGAUGAGCCAAAUGAGUGCAUUGUUCUGGAGGAUCUGUCCUGUGCCGGGUUCUUUCUCCACAAUCGGUUUCUGGACCUAUCCGUCGAGCAUGUGCGUCGCGUAAUGCUCACCUAUGCCAAAUUACAUGCCAUAUCAUUGGCCGGAAAGUGCCAGUUCCCCGAUAGAAUGCAAGAACUGCAGCAGCUGGUGGACAUCUUUGAGCAGCGACGCGAGGAUCAUGCCUUGGGUGUCUACUUCGAGAAUCUCAAAGGCAGUGCCCUAUCUGCACUGCUCGCACCGGAGGAUGACUUCUACAGAGUCCGUCUGGAGGCGUAUUUUGCCAAGGGAUCGUACUUUCAGUUGCUGCUCCCUUUGGUCAGCGGAUCCAAUUGCGAACCCUUCGCUGUCAUGUGCCAUGGCGAUUGCUGGAAUAACAACAUUCUUUACAAGAGUGCACAGCGGGGAGAGCUUGAAGACGUGCGCCUGAUCGACUGGCAACUGAUGCGAUAUGCUUCACCGGUCACCGAUUUAUCCUACUUCCUCUUCACCUGCACUUCGCGGGAAUUCAGGCAGAGCCACCUCAAAAAUAUGCUAGAGGAUUACUAUGAAGAGUUGGGCCAGCAGCUAAUUAGACUAGGCGAGCAGGUGGAGCAACUUUUUCCCCGACCAGCAUUCGAUGAACAGGUGGCCACAAAGGCGGCUGUGGGCCUACUGCUCGCCAUGAUGGUUCUACCUAUUGUAACGAUGCAGGGUCAGGAUGUGCCCGACCUGCAAGCGAUUAGCGAACGAAUCGAAGCUGGGGCCACCACGGACCUCCAUGGUGCUGGUUUCCUGGGCGCGGGCAACGAGGCUACUUUUAAGCAACGCAUACGCGAGGUGAUCCUCGACUGUGUGGACUUUAACUACAUAUAAAAAGCUCACC